AUGAAUUGCCAGCUACCCCCAGAAGAUAUCCUCAAAAACCCCCAAUUGACAGCGAUCCUUCACUCGAAUUUGGCAAAGGAAAUCCACAAAUACUCCGCUGUGGUAUACACCACCACAGGUCAAUUAUUGUACGGUUGGGGAAUUUCCGUUGAGAACUCUUCGGGGAUCACAAAUAUCACCGUAGAAAAUGCUGAAAUAUUGGUGAAGGGGAGUUUGAAAGUGUUGAAUGCCAAUCACCAUCUCAUGGCACUGAUUGACAAUGAAGAAAAUGACGAUUUACGAAUGGUAAGGACCAGUUAUGGUAAGGGUAAAGAAAUCAUCAUCAUUCCCGGUGAUGAGUUGGUAAUUUCGGUGUUUGUUCUGAGAAUUUGA